GUUAGGGUCCUCAAUCUUCCCGGUGUUGCACAAGUCCAGAGGGACGCGGUUUCAUCUCCUCUAAAUUCAUCAGAAAUACUUGUCGUAAAAACAUGUAUUACAAAGUCAAUGGAGUUACAGGAAAACUAACGGGAGCAACAUCGGCUGCCUAUGCCCCUCAGGGUCUCAGGGCAACGGUUCCGGCAGAGCCUACUCCGAUGAUCUUCGCUGCUCCAACCAAAGUGGUGUCUGAGAAAGGAGCGCCUGUGGAGUAUUUGGGCAUCAACAAGGUUCCUGAAUGGCAGAAACUUUUCCAGAAGUCUGACGGCAUUCCCGUUCACCUGAAGCGUGGCAUCAUGGACAAGCUGUUGUACCGGACCACCAUGGGGCUGACGAUAGGCGGGACCCUCUACUGUCUGAUGGCCCUGUACAUCGCAGCUCAACCCAGGAAACCCCAGUGAAACCCCUGCCCACCCCCCCAAUGCCCCUCCCCCCAGAACUCAGCCUUUUUAUCCCCAUAUGCCUCCUCCCACGAUCGAUCUUAUGUUUGCAAAGAGGAGUGCUUUGGACAGUGUUGAUUACUGCUUUCAUCACAUUCAAAAGUAAAUACAUCAGUCACACUGCUAAUCCCAAUCUGAUUUGAUGGUAUAUAAUUAUCUGCAAUUGUAUUAUUUCCUGUUAUUUAUACUUGGUUAUGUAAUUCUGUGGACCCUAAAUGUCACUAACAGGUCCCCAUGUAAGAGGUGUGGAUACAUUAUAAGAACAAUACACUUGAGCAGUCAUUCAGAUUCAGGUCAUCUGUUUCAUGAAUGUUUAGGAGGUUGGAGUGAGCGUGUGUGUGCAUGCAAACUGGCAUACUGUGCCCAGUCUUUACCACGUUUGACCCUUUUGGGGUUAUAGGUUCAUGGUUAAGCACCAGUUUGUGUCAUGCUAUUUGAGAGCGAGUCCUCUUCCCCCCCAUUAUAGAAAUGACCUCAACAGUGGUUGAAAUAUAAAGGUGGUGUGGUAUAACCCGAGUGGUGGGUACACAUAUAACACAUGGCCCCGUCAGUAAUCAGACACCACAUGCAGCCAGUGGAUCAGCUGCAGACACUUUUGGCACAGGGAAAACGUGACCGGGAUGCUAAUGGCUAAACAUGUUCAAUGACAUAAAUGCCCAAUCCAAUGCAGGGUUUCCUGAUAUAAUAAAUAUAUUUUAUUUCAAAAAAUGAAUGAA